UAGACUAGCAAGCACUGGCAAAAUCAGCUUUUUUUAUAAGGUGCCGGACUAACUUAUUUUAACAUAUUGUUGAUGGACUUACAGUGUGUCUUAAUAGUAGUACUGUAUCUACACAUAUCGACAGUAACAAUCCAAAGCAAAUUUUUACCAUUUUGUCUGGCAUACUUGGCUGUUACUUAACUCCUUAAAAAAAAAAAAAACACAAAAUUGCUUAACCUAAAAAGGAACAGUUCAUGUACCCCAGCAUGCGCAGUUUACACUGCCUCGGAGUUUAUUCAUAAAUUUCUGAUUUCCCAAAUCCAUUGAUGGAAACGUCUGGUCUGCUUUUCAUUUUUUCAAGCAAAAAGGCUUCAUCACUCACUGCCAUUCUCAUAUUCACUUUGACACCGGCAUUUCCCUUAUCCAUCGCACGGGCUUGUGCUGCCUGCAUACCACCAGUUUGUCAGAGGGCGGGAUCGCACACUGUAUGCCACAUGCUGAUUGGUCGAAGUAUUAUUGGCGAUCUAAUCCAAACCAUCAGUAAAGCUAAAAUAAAUUCAACCCCAAAAUAUCACAUUAUACAGCAUAUGAAAGAAAAUAUUAAAACCUGACAUCAAGGCGUAUGGUUUUGUUAAUUCCUGCAACAGAUGCCGAUUCCAAGACAAUGCCUGACAUACACCAUUCCUGCUCAUUGAAGGCAACACAACUAAAAACAUUUUUUUUUUUUUAGCAAUUGUUGGUACACUAAGGAUUAUAAAACUGUAAGCGAAAGAAAAGGCGCAUUUUAUAUGUAUUUAUAUUUAAAUUCUCCCAAUGCCUAAUUUACAUUUUCUAUACAAAAAACAUGCCUUGCUCAGUCUUACAUUGUUGACACAAUUCAUUAAGCUAUCCUUUAGAUGACACAUACAACUAAUUGUUUUAGUUAUACACAGUUGUCCUCUCAACCACAUUUCGUCUGUGUUAUUGAUUUGCACCCCAUGUGUCAUCUCGAGAGCCGCCAUUACGAAAGCAGUUUCAGCCUCCUAAUGUCCAACAUGGCCGCCCCGUAUUAAAAGAAUCACUGAGCGCUGUGAGUGGGUGCACAUUUUACAGGAAAUAUACUGCAUUGCCUUGCUGCAGAUUCUGAUGGCUGCCAUUUUACCAAGCUUACGGUAAGAAACUGAAAACCAAUACGUAUGUGUUUUCUCAAAGUGCACAACAAUGUUUGCAACUGUUUGUUACCAGCACAAUUUAUGACGCGCAUUUUCGGUUUGGUAGUAGUAGUUUGCUAUACCGGGAUGCAGUUUCGUAAGCAAAGCAGUGUUUACUUUUCAGUGCAAAAUAACGUUGUUCGGUAUAAACGUAUAUUUAGUUUCAACCAGGAUUGCAGAGUUUAAAAAUUAGCAAACAGCAGCACAGUUUUCAACAGAUACCAUAAAGAAAACAAUUUGUGAUGUAUCCCAUGUUUCCUCGCUAGUACUACAGGAGUAGAUGCAGAUACUGCUGUUUUGUGCGCGGUAUACUGUAUAUUCUUAUUAAAUACAGCACAGAUAAAACGACCGCAUAUAAUUUGUUUUAUUCUGAGCAUUAUUGCAACAACAAAGUGAACUGCCAAAUUACCGUAUAUCGAUGCUUUGUAAGUUGUACUGUAGGCUAGAGUCGUUCAUCUUGUCAAUAAUUUAAACACAUUGUUCCCAAACAAUAAAAUAAACUUCAUAUUUAAUACCUUGAAUAUAUGUGCAUGGCAGAUCAUGCCAAAAAGGACGUUAUUGUUUGCAUUCAUCUACUGUGGGAACACAAGAUUCUAUCCAUCUGAAACCUGCUUGUCAAUAAAGCCUCUGCCAGCUAAAUAGCUUGUGGUUAUAAACGACAUCUUCAUGCUCUAUUCAGCUUGAGAAAAAAAAAAACGUAAACUGUUUAAUCAGUUGUGUGUGUGUGUGGUGUUGUUUUUUUUUUUUUUUUUUUUUUUUUUUUUUGCUACCAAAAGGGAAGGAAUAUGAACAACACUGUCGUUGAGCUAAUAUCAGAGAUUUCCCCUGAAGCCUUACUGAAUGAGCUGCACAAGAUGAGGCUCUUGGGACAUCUCUGUGAUGUGACCAUACAGGUGGAGCACCAAGGUGUCAUUGAAGAGUUUGAGGCACACCGGCCAGUACUGGCAGCAGCCAGCAAGUACUUCAAAGAACUGUUUCUUGGUGAGAAAGCUGAGAAUGGGCCUGUGGCCAGAGUUUGCUUGCAGGACAUGCAGGCUGCAGAUUUUGCCUCCUUUUUGGAGUUUGUUUAUACUGCUAGAGUGGAGGUUGAAGAAGACAGAGUUCAAAAGAUACUAGCAGUGGCUAAAGCACUGGGGUGUUGUGACCUGGUGGAAACUUGUAGCCAAGUGGAGAAUAUUGUUGGUAGGCCAUAUCAUAUGCAAGUCAAAGCAGAAGCCAACUUACAGCCUGCAUGCUCAGAACUGUUAAUACAUUUGGAUGGGAGCUGCAAGGGUGGUAUGAAAACAAGUCUGCAGAGUGGAAAACCGGCAGACAAAGCAGAAAAGAAAAAGGAAGCAAGCAAAGCUGUGCAAGCAAAGAGCAGAAGAUCCAGCACAAGAUUAGCCAGGCGCAAGGUAUUUGUAGACAUUCCAAAGAAGAACUACACCAGGAAGCUAAAGGAAGAGCAAAGAGCUGCAGAAGAAACUUCACAUGUGGGGAGCUUUGGAGUAGGACAGUCCACUCCUGAUGCAGAAAUGGAAGAGGAAGAAGGGGAGGAAGUUACAAGAAUUCGGGCAGAAAGUGCCCAGGAAAAAGACAUCCUUGAUAAUGAUAACCAGGAUGUUGUUGAGGAAGGUUGCAAUGACCAUAAAUCUGAGAUGGAGGAGGACCACCCAAAGGAUUUGGAAGAAAGUGACAAGGGCAAAAGUGAGGUGUUCAGAUGCGAUACCUGCCAGCGUGAUUUUCAAUACGAAAAGAGCUACUUGAAGCACAUCCAGUUAAGUCAUGGCAUCAUCCCAGUAAUUAUCUAUCGCUGUGACACCUGCAACCAGACCUUCGCCAAUCGCUGCAACUUAAGAAGCCACCAGAGACACGUCCACAGCAACGAACGCAACUUUCCUUGCGAGAUCUGCACCAAGAUGUUCAAGAGAAAAAAAGAUGUGAAGAGGCAUGUGCUCCAGGUGCAUGAGGGGGGUGGGGAGAGACACAUGUGUCCACAGUGUGGAAAAAGCUUGAGCUCUAAAACUGCCCUCAAGCUCCAUGAGAGAACUCACACUGGAGAUAAGCCAUAUGAAUGCCCAGAGUGUGAGACCAAGUUCUCCCAGCCCUCUGCGCUAAAGACACAUAGAAGAAUUCAUACAGGGGAGAAACCAUUUAUCUGUGACGAAUGUGGUGCAAAGUUCACACAAAACCAUAUGCUAAUAUACCACAAGAGAUGUCAUACAGGGGAGAAACCUUUUAUGUGUGAGAUCUGCGGGAAGAGUUUUGCCUCCAAGGAAUACUUAAAACAUCAUAGCCGAAUCCACACGGGAUCAAAACCGUUUAAAUGUGAUGUCUGUGCCAGAACAUUUGCACAGAGAAACUCGCUUCACCAGCACCUGAAAGUGCAUACAGGUGAGAGGCCAUACUGCUGUGACCAGUGUGGGAAGCAGUUCACUCAGCUAAACGCCUUGCAGCGACAUCACCGCAUUCACACUGGGGAGAAGCCCUACAUGUGCAGGUUGUGUGGUCGAAAGUUCACUGAUAAAUCCACAGUUAGAAGGCAUACUAUGAUUCAUGAUAAAGAAACACAUUGGAAAAACUUCCUGGUCGUUCUUGAUAGCAAUUCCAAAAAAGAUCCCAAAAGAAGGAUGAAACAAGGUGACCAAACAGAGUUUUCAAAACUACAGGAAGAGUCGUCGUCUUGUUCUGAAACGAUUGCAGAUCAAACUGACGCAGCCCCAGAAGAAACUAGAAUAGAGCCUGAACACGUGCCUUCUGCCACUGACUGGAACUCAGCUGGUCCAGCAGCCAUCACGUUGGUUAAUCAGGGAGCCUCUAUAGCCACUGCAUUGAGUGGCUUUACUGUGAUUCACACAGAUGCAGCUCAGCAUCACCUACAAGCUAUGGUAAACAUAGAGCACAUUGGUGAAACUAAUACUCAAAUAGUAUCGCUGGACAAUCAAGUCGGCAUUACUGUUCCGGUCUGCAUACCUGUCUUGAGUCAAAUUAACAAUAUUUUGACCCAGUCAUCUGCAACCGUGCAAGAUCCAAGCAGUGCAGCUGUCCCCACGCCAUCGGAGGAGCCCCAGCUAACUGUGAUGCAUAAUGUCAGUGUUCAAGCUGUGGAAGGUACGGCUAAUAAUGUAAACUGUAUUGUGCCACCAGAAAUGUAAAACAAGGACUAUGCAUGACUAACUCUUUGUUGCAUUUCAUUUUGAAAGCUAUGAAUGGUAUGAGCAGGAAGACUCGUGUAGCACCUAUUUCAGCUGAUUUAUUAUUCAAUGCAAAUAUUCUAAAUUGCUGAGUAAAACCAGUUGAUACAGAUUUCCUUUCUGCCUUAAAUUUGCACUAGCAGUAUUGGAAAUCACAGUGGAAUGGUGCUGUUUCUAGAGUUAACAUAACAGAAAGCUCUUGUUUUGGGUUUGCAGUCAUACACAUGUUAAUCCUCUGAUUUUAAGCAGUUGGCUCAGCGUGGCUUUUAAGUCUGCAUACAAAUAAAAUCAUGAACAUAUGGACCUGGGUUAAGAGAGGCAGGUCAGAAAAUAAAUAUAUGCCAGACCAACUUGCGUAUUAAGAGUUAGUAUUGUACUUUUCAGAUCAGAAAUAUAUAUUGCCCAGAUUUUUAAAAGAAACUAAAGUUGCAUGUUUGUGUGUUUCAAAGUCCUGGUUUGUUGUAUUUUGUAACUUAAUUUGGUUAGAUUGUUACAUUAAAAAAAGCAGAAUGGCAAAGACGAGUUUAUUAGCAAACACUGCAGAAUUCUGAAGCCUUGACCAGUAUUCCAAGAGGGGAUAAAUCUUGUCAAUACCAAACUUUGGUGUGUUAAAGUAUUUCAAUAUAUUAUGAUCAACAGUAAUUGUUUUAGAUCCCAGUUUAAGUGGACUUUUCAUAUUGCAAAUAUGUAUCAUGGGAUACAUAGCUUUUGUCGUUAUAUUAUUCAUCAAAUAGUAUUAAUUAUAAUCAGUGUUUUCAUUUGCUUUCAAAAUACAUUUCUUUAAAACCAAUGAAAUCAUUGAUUAUUUGUUCAGUUUAUCAAUGACUUCUUAAUUUUACAUACAUCCAUUCUCAUUAAGACCGAUUUGGAUAAAACCAAUUUCCUGAUACUACGAAUGUUCUAAAUGGUACCGGACAAAUUGAACAGUAUUUAUUUUCAAUUACUUCUUACAAUACAAAAUCACUUGACACUGAUUUCCUAUUUGAAUUAUUGUGGAGCAGCGUCUGAAGGUGUAAUCCCAUUUACAAAAAUAAAGCAACAUUAAUCAACAUUUUUCUUAAAUAUCCUUAGCCCAAUCCACUAUGCUGCAUUAUAUUUCGGUAGAGCAAUUAUUAUUCAAAAUAACUAAUACUCCUGGAAUGGAACCCUUGCAGUUUUCAAAAACCCAUGAGCUGGUUGAAUGCAGGUGUGUGCAACAGUACAUGUUCCAGCAACUCAGUUGAAAGUUUUUAAAUCAGGACUUUGUGCUGGUGUAUAGAAAGUAUUUAUUAAUUCUCCAAUGGUAUUUUCACAUCAGUUGUUUUUUUGAAGUCCUUUUACCAAAUUCUUUGUGCUGUGUUUUUUUUUUUUUAUUUUGUUAUAUUUCAGCAAAACUAUAUUGUCUACUUUUUAUGGCAGCACUUGUCACUCAUUUUUUAGAAAUAGUUUAAUAAAUGCCCAUUAGUCAUUGUUAGCAACAGAAUUAUUCUGGAGGAAGGACUGAAUUGCUGCCAAUUCAGUUACUCCAAAAUUUGCUGUGAAUUUCUGGGCCCUAGUAAUUGAGAAUGCUUUUUAGCAUAGCUAUUGUCACAUAUAGCCUCUUCAGAUGCACUAUGACAGUUAUACCAUUCUCUUCCACAUGCUUUAAUAUCAUGUUAUUAUGAACCUUAAAUAUACUGACAUGACUGCUGAGUGUUGCAUGUGACCAAAUGUAUAUGUACACCUGUAUGUCCUGUUCUCUUUUCAGACUCAUUAAAAUAAAAUGUUCUGUUUACAGCCAUUUUAAAAUUGCAGAUGUACUCAUGUCAACCAAAGAGCAACAUACUUAGUGUUCAGAUAAGCUUAUCUGACUUCAAAACACUCAUUUCAAUUAUUUUAAAAUAUUUUUAAUAUUUCAUUGUAUAUAUGCAGUCUUUAAUAGGGGACUUUUCAGUCAGUGCAAAGUCAACACCACCAUUAUUUUUGGAUUUUUUUUUUUUUUUUUUUUAUUGCUGUACAGUUUAACACAAAUUGACACUGCUAGAGCUAGUAGAGAAAGACAAUUUCAUUACAUUUAGAAGAGACUCCAUGAUGAGCUACAAGGAACAACAAACGAUUAAGCAGGUCGAUUGUCUGUUCUUUCAUUUGAAACAGCUUCAAUAUGGUCCACAGCACUUUAUGUUUUAUGACAUAACAUGCUACACACUCAAUACUAAAUGAUACACACUAGAUUGCAUUUUGUAACAGGUACACAAAUUCACAAUACACUGAUACAAUAAAUAUGUUGUACGUUGAGGUUAUUUUCAAUACGCUGACGACACCAAAAGGAUUUGAAUGCAUUCUCUUUCACAACUGCAAAAAUACUUCAUAAGUUGACAGAAUCAAAAUCACAAGGAGCUUAAGCAAAUUAACUGUAAUCCAUUAUUAAAAGUAACAUCUGCAAAUCAAGGAACACACUGAAUAAAGUCUAAAUGACUGUCAUGCCAGAUUUUAAUUUCUCUUACCAUUGGCAGUCAUUUUUAGUCUUAAAAUAAGGUGGCAACACAGAUGAAACAGGUUUUGAUGAACAGACAGUGUUUACAAGCUUGCUUGAAAAGUGAAUUGUGUGGGGAGCAGAGACAUUUAAAAUUGAAUAACCCAGGGCUACACUAGUGUUGCUGUAGGAUUAAGGGCUUCCUCUGAUAUGCAUAUUCUGACAACAACUUUCUCUGUUAUACAAAGAGAAUGAAUAUAACAAAUCAAAUGGAUCUGGCACCAUCCCAAGCAUAUCUAAUUUUGGAUUGACAAUUUUCUUACUUGCAUGGUAACAUUCUUGUGUUAUGAACAGUCUUUGUGCUUCUGAAUGCAAUAGCAUUUAAAUAUGUUGAGUGAAGCUGUAUAUAUUUAAAACAGACUAGUAUUACUUUCAAAGGCCAGCUGAAUCCAAGUAGAGCAAAAACGAUAUUUUUAAGUGGUCUGGUGAUGUUUAGAUGUCAUAUUUAGUGUUUUUAAAACUUUGCCCUUUCAUAAAGUUAUUUUAUAUUAUCUUUUUUGCUUUACGACACAAAACUAUAAAUGUGACAUAUUUUGUGCCACACUAUCAUCAGCAACUCAAAUUACUAUGGCCUGAACAAUUGUGCCCCCUACUUCCAUCCUAGAAUAACUAGAC